UGUGUUGCUGUAAGGGGGAGGGAAAAGACUUGAGACUCAGUGUUUGUGUAGAUGUGAGUGAACGAGCGAAAACCAGCCGCUGGAGGACUUUUUCUCUCCGAGCUAAACUCGUGUAUGUGUUCUCGCCCGGAGCUUGAGGCGAGGACGGGGAAGAAGAAGAAGAAGAAGAAGAAGAACGAGGAGGGAGGAGGAGGAGGUGGAGGACAGAUGCGAAAAUGCGAGAAGAAAUCCAGGAAGAGAGCGAAGGCAGCUUAUUAAAGAUUCAGCGCGGGAGAGCAGACGUUAUCGCCCGUCCAGAGCUGUGGCAGCACCGGGGAUAAACUGACAACUCUCCGGGCUCCGGGCUGAACCGAAGCGGGCUUUCGUGGAAGAAGCGAGUCCGAAGUGUUUUUUUUUAAAGCGGAGACCCAAAGGGAAGGGGAGGAGAGGGGGCGAAGAAAACGCCCUGCUGCCGCUGCCUGUUGCUGCGGUGUCCAAAUUCAAACUUUAUCGCCGAGUUUGGGGGAAAAAAAUGCCUCCUCCAUUGAACUGAAGGUGGAAUUCAAAUGUGAACUUUAUUAGCUAAACCGCUGGCGGACAGAGGGGCCGCUCACUUUGCCACUUCUAUCGUGUGUGGAGUGUUUCCCUCGCGUUGGGAAUAUUUUCAUUGUGCACUGUAUUCCCGUCGGAGGCGAGUUGGGUGGGCUGCGAGCCCGGGGCUGCUCCGCUAGGCCCACGGCCAUUAGCCAGGAACAAAGAGGGUCCACAUGUAAAAACUUAAAGAAACUGCUCCUAUCUCGACGAGGUUUGUCGAAACGAGCGCAGUCAUGUCGCUGGGCGCCGAGAGGAGGAUGGAAACCCGGCUGAAGAAGCUGGAGGGCAUGAUCCGAGACCCCCGGUGCUCCGUCAACCUGGAAAGUUUGCUGGACUCCAUGAACGCCCUGGUCUUAGACCUGGACUAUCCAGCACUACGCAAGAACAAAAACAUCGAAACCUUCUUAAACAGAUAUGAGAAAGAAAUAGGACAAAUUCGAGACCUCCAGAUGAAGUCUGAAGACUUUGACAGAGUUAAAGUCAUCGGUCGAGGGGCGUUUGGUGAAGUCCACCUGGUCAGACAUAAAGCCUCUCAGAAGGUUUAUGCCAUGAAGCUGCUGAGCAAGUUUGAGAUGAUCAAGCGCUCAGACUCCGCCUUUUUUUGGGAGGAAAGGGACAUAAUGGCGUUUGCCAACAGUCCAUGGGUUGUGCAGUUGUGCUGUGCCUUCCAAGAUGAGCACUACCUCUACAUGGUGAUGGAGUACAUGCCAGGGGGGGACUUGGUCAACCUCACCAGCACCUACGACGUGCCAGAGAAAUGGGCCAAGUUCUACACAGCGGAGGUGGUGAUGGCCCUGGAUGCCAUUCACUCAAUGGGCUUCAUCCACCGUGACGUCAAGCCGGACAACAUGCUGCUAGAUGGACACGGACACCUCAAGCUGGCCGACUUUGGGACGUGCAUGAAGAUGGACGCGACCGGCAUGGUGCACUGUGACACGGCAGUCGGGACUCCAGACUACAUCUCUCCUGAGGUGCUCAAGUCCCAGGGCGGAGAUGGUUAUUAUGGGAGAGAAUGUGACUGGUGGUCUGUCGGGGUCUUCAUCUUCGAGAUGCUGGUUGGUGACACACCAUUCUACGCUGACUCGCUGGUGGGAACAUACAGUAAGAUAAUGGACCAUAAGAACUCUUUAAACUUCCCUGAUGAUGUGGAGAUCUCCAAAGACGCCAAGAACAUCAUCUGCGCCUUCUUGACUGACAGGGAGGUGCGAUUGGGCAGGAACGGCGUGGAGGAAAUCAAGCGUCACCCUUUCUUUAAGAACGACCAGUGGACCUUUGACACCAUCAGAGACACGGUUGCUCCCGUGGUCCCAGAGCUGAGCAGCGACAUAGACACCAGCAACUUUGAUGAGAUUGAGGAUGACAAAGGCGAUGUAGAAACUUUUCCCACACCUAAAGCCUUUGUUGGAAAUCAGUUACCCUUUGUUGGCUUUACCUACUUCAAAGAAGAUCAAUUACUAAAUGCCCCCAACAAUUCCUCAGUGGCCCACGAGACUUCGAAAGGAGAGUCGGUAGCAUUGCAGAAGAAACUUCGCCACCUCGAGGUUCAGCUGAAUAACGAGAAGCAGGUCAAAGACGAACUGGAGCACAAAUUCAGAGUUGCCACCAGUCGUCUGGACAAAAUCUCUAAAGAACAUGAGGACGAGGUGAGCGGGAGAAAGAACCUGGAAUCGAGUCUGAGGCAGCUGGAGAGAGAAAAGGCCCUGCUGCAGCACAAGAGCCUGGAGAGUCACCGAAAGGCCGAGAGCGAGGCGGACAGGAAGCGCUGCCUGGAGAAUGAAGUCAACAGCUUACGAGAUCAGCUGGACGACAUGAAGAGAAGAAACCAGAAUUCCCACAUUUCCAAUGAGAAGAACAUUCACCUACAGAAACAGCUGGAAGAGGCCAACACGCUGCUGCGGGCCGAGUCCGAGGCGGCGACAAGGCUCCGUAAAGCCCAGACGGAGAACAGCAAGCAGCUGCAGCAGCUGGAGGCCAACGUACGCGAGCUGCAGGACAAAGGCUGCGUGCUGGAGCGCAGCAAGCUAAGUCUGGAGAAGGAAUGCAUCAGCCUGCAGGCGGCUCUGGAGACGGAGAGGAGGGAGCACAGCCAGGGCUCAGAGACCAUCAGUGACCUCAUGGGACGAAUCUCUGGUCUGGAGGAUGAGGCUCGUCAGCAGAGACAGAAUCUGUCCAAAGCUGAGUCUGAGAAGAGGCAACUUCAGGAGAAACUCACUGAUCUGGAGAAGGAGAAGAGCAACAAAGAGAUUGAUUUGACCUACAAGCUGAAGGUGCUGCAGCAGGAGCUGGAGCAGGAGGGGACGUCUCAUAAGGCCACCAGGGCAAUGCUGGCCGACAAGAGCAAGAUCAAAGUUACCAUCGAAGGAGCCAAGUCAGAGUCCAUGAAGGAGAUGGAGCAGAAGCUGGCGGAGGAGCGAUCAGCCAAACUGCGUCUGGAGAACAGAAUCCUGGAGCUAGAGAAACACAGCAGCAUGAUGGACUGUGACUAUAAACAGGCUUUACAGAAACUAGAUGAGCUGCGAAGACAUAAGGACCGCCUCACUGAGGAGGUAAAGAAUUUGACCCUGAAGAUCGAACAGGAGAUCCAGAAGAGAACCCUGACUCAGAACGACUUGAAGUCUCAGAACCAGCAGCUCAAUGCUUUGAAAACCUCAGAGAAACAGCUCAAACAGGAAACCAACCACCUGCUGGACAUUAAACGCAGCUUGGAGAAACAGAACCAGGAGCUGCGCAAAGAACGACAGGACACAGACGGGCAAAUGAAGGAGUUGCAGGACCAGUUAGAAGCCGAACAGUAUUUUUCUACAUUGUAUAAGACCCAGGUGCGUGAACUGAAGGAAGAUUGUGAAGAGAGGAACAAACUCCACAAAGAUGUCCAGCAGUCUGUGCAGGAGUUCCAAGAGGAGAGGGACUCUUUGGCAGCUCAGCUUGAGAUCACUCUGACAAAAGCGGACUCAGAGCAACUGGCGCGCUCCAUCGCCGAGGAGCAGUACUCCGACCUGGAGAAGGAGAAAAUAAUGAAGGAGCUGGAACUGAAGGAAAUGAUGGCCCGGCAUCGUCAAGAGCUCAGCGAGAAGGACAUCACCAUCAGUUCGUUGGAGGAGGCCAAUCGCACCCUGACCAGUGACGUCGCCAACCUCGCUAACGAGAAGGAGGAGAUGAACAACAAACUGAAGGAGGCAAUAGAAGAGUCCGAUAAGUCAAAGGACUGGGAGCAGCUGAUCUGCCAGAGUAAGAUAAUGUUUGAGAAGCAGCUGCAGUCUGAGAGGACGCUGAAAACUCAGGCCGUCAACAAGCUGGCAGAGAUCAUGAAUAGGAAGGAGGUCCGUGGUGGAGGCAGUCGCCGUGGUAAUGACACAGACAUGCGGCGAAAGGAGAAGGAGAACAGGAAGCUGCAGCUGGAGCUGAGGUCGGAGAAGGAGAAGCUCAACAGCACCAUCAUCAAAUACCAGAGAGAGAUCAAUGAGGUGCAAGCGCAACUGGCCGAUGAGAGCCAGAUGCGUGUCGAGCUGCAGAUGGCCCUGGACAGUAAGGACAGCGAUAUCGAGCAGCUGCGGAACCUCCUGCAGACACUCAGCGUUCAAUCAAUGGACUCCGCCAGUGUCAGCAGUGGACCAGAGUUUGAAACUGAUGAUGCAUAUGCAGAAUCGAGACUUGAAGGUUGGCUCUCUCUCCCUGUGAGAAACAACACCAAGAAGUUCGGAUGGGUGAAAAAGUACGUUGUCGUGAGCAGCAAGAAGAUUCUCUUCUACAACAGCGAGCAGGACCGAGAGCAGUCCAUCCCCUACAUGGUGCUGGAUAUAGACAAACUCUUCCAUGUGAGGCCUGUCACUCAAACCGAUGUGUACCGUGCUGACGCCAAAGAGAUCCCCAGGAUAUUCCAGAUUCUUUAUGCCAAUGAAGGGGAGUGCAAAAAGGAGCCUGAGUUUCCUGUGGAGCCGCUGCCCAUCGGAGAGAAGUCCAGCUACAUCUGCCACAAGGGCCACGAGUUCAUCCCCACGCUCUACCACUUCCCCACCAACUGCGAGGCGUGCACCAAGCCGCUGUGGAACAUGUUCAAGCCGCCUCCUGCUCUGGAGUGCCGGCGCUGCCACAUCAAGUGCCACAAAGACCACAUGGACAAGAAGGAGGAGAUCAUUGCUCCAUGCAAAGUUAACUACGAUGUGUCAACGGCCAAAAACCUGCUGCUGCUCGCCGUGACCCAGGAGGAGCAGCAGAAGUGGGUGAGCCGGCUGGUCAAGAAGAUUCCCAAGAAGCCUCCGCCGCCAGAGCACUUUGCACGCUCCUCGCCACGCGCCUCCAUGAAGGUGCAGCCCAGCCAGUCCAUGAGGAGGCCCAGUCGACAGCUCCCCACCAGCAAGAGCAGUCCUCGCAGGUCAAACGGCUUCAAAACAAGCCGAGGAGAUUCCAACACUGGACACUGGUACAAAUGACGACUUCCCUUUACGUUUACUUCCUUAGCCACACGUUUUCCUGUAAAAAACUUGUUUCCUGAGAAGAGGUGUUUUUCUCUGAAUGUGGGGACACAGUCCUGGUUGUCUGUCUGUUUGUGGUGGUGGUUGUGUUUUCGCACUCACUCUACAUUUGACCCAGUGCAUGUAACUUACAUGUUAAGGAAACAUUUGGCUGCUCACCUGAUAACUGGGGUCACGUCACUACUGGUUGUUUGAAAGGGAAGCAUUUUCCUCUGGGUGAGAUUUGUAUUCACAUUGCACUGUUUUAUAGGUUAAUUUAUCAAUUUAUUUUGUAUUUUUUGCACAUGCACUUAUGCAACAUAUUACAUCUUCUCAGGAUUUUUAAAUGUUGUUACUUUAUAAUUGUUUACAAUAAAAUUUAUUAAAAUAAAAUAUUCUAUACCUUGUCCUAUUACGCCAGAGCCUGUUAUACCUGUGGUUUUAGAUAGUUGCAAAUGUGUUUGCUGAUAUGUUUGUUAAGAGCUUUUUAUUUUUCUGAUGUAAAAUGUCCAAAUCAGAAUCUAACUUGAUUAACUGUUCUCUUAGAAAAUGUAAAGGAUAUCUACCAACAAUAAAGUUAAAACAGAUUUCAGCCAAUAUAUUGAGAUUUUGCUCAUAUGAUAUUUAUAUUUCAUGUCGCAAAUAUGAGUAAUGGUCUUAAGAAACACAUAAUUGGUUGGGCAGUACUUGACAUCUUAAAGUGUCAGAAACAGAAUCUCUCACACAUUUCACCGUUGGUAUUGAGUUGGUAUCUAUGGAAAAAAAGAGGGCUUUGUGGUUUCUUAUUGACAGGUGUGUAUGUGUAAGGUCUGUGAAUAAACCAGGGAAUCCUGCAUAGAUUAACUGUAGAAGGUCUGAAGACGGAUGAAAGGUAGAACGAGUGAUGCAGGGUUCUUCAGUUGAUGUCAUUUAAAUCUUAAAUCUUCUUGCUGUCUCGUUCAGGAUUUGCUCGUACUAACCCCUGCAUCUGUUUGUCUCUCCUCUUCCAGUUAACCUUGCUUGGGAGUGUGGUGCAUCUUCGAGGUGGUGGGAUGUGUUUCCUCCUAAAUCAAAGACUGUGUAUACAAAGCUCUGUUUGCAGAUCAGCACACUGAACUCCACAUCACUUCUCCACAACCCCCACCCCCCCUGUCCUGCUUCAGCCUGUGACAGUCACAAAGUCAGUUUUUUACCAUUUCACCGAACUUCAGCGGUUGAAUUAUGAGCUGAAGUCUUCUCCCAGGCCUGAGACGAGGACACAUGGGUGUCUCUAAAGGGAGGGGGCUGGAGGAGCCCACGCAACACGAGAGAGCUCUUAUAAACUCGACUAGGGCUGACAAGAAGGGGAUUAUUCUUACCUCAACACUUCUCACCAAGACACGCUGCCUGAGCUAAGGACCCAACAGGAAAACUCUUGACUCCACCUUUUGGAAAUCUCGUGGCCAAAUAAGAAAAAAAGGACAUUGUUGUGUGUUAAAUGAUUAAGGUUUUAAUGGGGGAACACUACACUCAGAAGAUAGUAAAUUCUGUAUUUAGUUGACCCACGGCUGAACUUGAUCCUAGAUACAGUAUCUGUACUUAUUCAAACUCUUUAACAUUGAUUGUAGCUUCCUGCUUCUCACCAUUCUGCUUUCAGGGGCGUGUCCACACUGGGUCGCAGAAACUUGAAUGAGGUACUUAAAGCGAAACAAGCUGUGACUUCUGGGAAAGUCAGUGAGGCGGGGGAAGGAGUGUGAGAUUCCUCGCGGAUUCGAGCAGACAACUCCUGGAGUGCCCCUCAUUCAGAUUUCUGAUUUGUGGCGCGCUCUGAAUCACUGGAUUGCUGUCGUUUGUCGUGAUUCCAGUAACGGUUACAAGUGAACCCAAUCCUGCUCUGAAUGGCAUUAGAUGGAGAUCCUCACAAUCCCAUAAUCAAACCUGCACUGUGGGUUUUGAGGGUUGUUGUUUACUGAAUUCUGGGGGGGUGCACCGUUCAUGCUUCUCUGAUCCGAGCUCGGCUCCGUUGUGUUUUUUUGAAUGUACAUCUGGGCUUUUACCAGAGAUGACACACAGGCAUUGUAUUACUUCCAAAUAUACUUGACUGAAGCCUCCUUUCAUCACCACCUGCUCUGAGUGAACCUGCAUGUGUUUUGCCUUUUCAGGCCUCACACUUGAGAGCUGUCACCCACAGGCCUCCACCAGUUACACCUAGUUUUUAAGUCAUUCCUCACAGUAAGAAACAAGGGGAAUUUAUCAAAGAGAAGCAGAAACAUUGAAGGUAUGCAAACAUGUCCCAUCAGUCCAAAUACUGAGCAGCACUAUUCCAUUGAAAGUUUUUUUUAAGUGUUUGUCCUGAUAUUUUUGUAUUAAAAAUAACCAAACUCUGAGUUUGGGCACAUUGUUGUGUGUAUGUGGGUUAUAUAGCAGCUGGAGAGUAAACUGUGAGUGUGUGAGAGUGUGUGUGUGUGUGCUGAGUGCUCUCCUUUAACCAAGAAGCAUGUUUUAUACCUAUAAAUAUACACAGUAUAUAUUUUACAUGCCAUACAGUGCACAUAUUAUUUAUACAGCCUUGUCCACUUUGUAUUUAAGGGCUCUACAUCCAGAUUGCAUGUUUGCUACCAAACAGCUCUUUAAUAAUAACCACUUCAACAAUAAAGACAUGGAUGUGC